AUGCCUCCAUGGCAUGCAUAUCAUGUCGAGAGAUGUGACGGUGGUAAGCCCAAAUGUUCCAGCUGCAUGAACAAACACCGCGAAUGUCGAUACCAGGCCGUAGACAAGAGAAAACUCCCACUCCGCGUUGCCAUAGAGCUUCUAUCAAGCAGAGUAGAACAGCUCUGUCUCUUCAUUCGUGAAAGUGGAUUGGAGGCCCCGCCUAUGCCGCAAGAAAAGGACACUGCUUUGACUAAAGUCCUUGAUCUUCUUGGCUUGACUGGAGUGCAUCCCGCCGAAGGAAAAUAUCAAACUAACAGCAAGUCCUCCGAUCACAAUCCUCAACCAGCAAGCAAUGAUCUGCCACCAACUUCAGUGCCAUUCUCCGCUCCCGGUAUAAUAAGUGAUUUAAAUAGCACUUGGGGUCAGACAUCGACAUCCCCGGCCAACAUAUCGCAAAACUCUCAAUCAAGUGCCACAGUGCUUUCGGAUCCUCAUGCCGUAUCAACACUGCCCGUUAUCGAUACUGGGUGUCUGGAUAUACCAAUUACCGAACAGUAUCCACCAACGGAUGAUCAUUCGGAUAAUUCAUUAUCAAACUGGGACUGGACCUUGGAUUUUGGAACAUGCAUUACACCGCCAUCCCCAGAAAUCCAAGACAUUGGAAUAGAACCACCACGGCUGCCAGGGGAGCCAUUGGAGCCAUCGGAUGGGCCACCUGAGCCCUUCGAGCCCUCGGUCCUUCAAAUCCCACCCAGUCUCGACAACGACACCAGGAGCACGGAAGAAAUCGAAGAUCUGAUCGACGAGCUUUCUGAUCGGAUGGGCACAUUGCGCUUUGGUCCUGGAGGCAAAGCUCGCUUUUAUGGUCCGACAUCGACCUUCAACCUUGCCGAUGCGCCAGUAUCUGUUAACGCCCAGGCACGUCGUACCGUCGAUUAUCUCGACGAAACAGACUAUGACAGACAGGUCCCAUUAUCGCUCGAAGAGCAUCUUCUUAAUCUCUAUUUUGCCUGGCAAGAUCCAUCGUUCCACGUUGUCGACCGAGAAUUGUUCGAGAAAGGAAAGACAGCCUGGAAUGGGAGAGAAGAGACCCCGUUCUAUUCCGAGGCACUCUGCUAUGCAAUGUGCUCUCUGGGCGCUGCUUUCGAAACCCGUUAUCAUCCAUCGUUUGUGACAUUCCCGAAAUCUCUCGGUGAAUUCUUUGGGGACCGUGCAAAGGAACUUCUUGAGAUUGAACUAGACUCUCCAUGCGUGGCAACAGUCCAAGCAUUGGUUAUCUUAAGCAGCCAUGAAAUCGGUGUGGGCUCAGAUACACGUGGAUGGCUCUACAGUGGGAUGGCCCUUCGACUUGCUUUUGAUCUUGCCCUGCAUAUUGACCUCUCUCCCUAUGUUGCUCGUGGAUCUGUUACCGCUGCCGACGCUGAGCUGCGUCGAACUGUGUUUUGGGCUGCGUAUAUGGUGGAUCAUCUUGUCGGCUUCUAUCUUGGUAGGCCUUUUUACACCAAUAUGGAGGAUGUUACAGUCAAAAAGCCCAACAAUGACGUCGACUAUCGACACCCUUGCAAAUGGACGCCCUACGCGUCUCCCAUUCCAUUUGAGAGUAAUUCGGGAUUAUUUGACUGUGUGGGGGCCGUCAGUCAACAGGAAGUCUCACUAUGUGAGCUUAUGGCACCCUGCGGCUACUUUCUUUAUGGGACAUCAGCUAUCCCAAGAGCCUUGCUCCAACAACUCAAUGAGAAGAAUGUUGCCAAGCUUCUCAGUUGGAAAGCUCAGUUGCCCUCAUUUCUGCAAAUCGAUCUCAACGAUCACACUUCUCCUUAUCUUCCACAUGUGUUGCUACUUCAAAUCUCAUUUACACCCAUCGACCUUGGAUGUCAAAAGGUUACCUGCAACCACAACCCCCAAAGGGUCCCCAGAUCCACCCAUGCCCGAGAAAUGUGCAUCAAUUCCGCCAUCUCCAUUGCCAAAAUCCUUGUAUUGUACGAGACGAGAUAUACCCUCCGUCGCAUAAAUAUCAAAGCAGUCUCAAUUACCUCCUCCGCGGUGCUCCUACUUCUCUUCGCCGCCGUUUCCCAGUACCAAACAUCAGAAGAAGAGAACAUCAUCGCUCAUCUGAGUACCUGCUUCAGAGCCCUCGAUGAGUUCUCUCUAUCCUGGCAGAGUGCAAAUCGCGCCAAAGAUCUGCUGGUAAGGCUACAGCACAAAUGGGAGCUUCGAACCCGUGCUACUAAACCGGACCGGGGAUCGGAUGGGACUGGUUACCCCCCGAGAAAACGAUCACGAACACUUAAUGGAUCUGACGCCAUAAUCCCAAGUCAUGGAAGGCUUCCAAACACACAGCCUGAGACACGCGAUUUCCAAUUGGAGUCUGGGUUGGGCUGGAUGCUCAUGCUCAGCGGUCAACUUCCGUCGGAUGGAGAUGAAGAUCUCUAUUCCUUUGUGGCAAAUACAAGUAUACCAGAAUCCAAUUCCGAGGAUUGA